AGCAGUAGGCGGGUUUUGUCAGUCGACUGGCGUCGGCUCCGUCUGCUGCUGUCUUUAGUUUUGGAUUAAGCGCAGUUUUGAAGGCGAGUCGCUCAUAGGAAAGAAAAUGGACAGCUGCAUUUUUGGUGAGAAGGAUCCCACAAUGAGAUGCGUGACAACUUCAAGAUCAGAGAUUUAAACAUUGCAGAUGGAGCAGUGGAGAGGCAAGCCCUGGAUAUGGAGCUCCACAAAGCAGGUAUUACAGAGGAACGAAUGGGCUGCAUCAAAGAAGAGGAUUGUACAUGGGAGACCUUCCAGGCUACACAAGAGGGUGUCUGCUUGAAGCAGGAGGACUGUGAAUGGAGGGCUGUGGUUAUUCAAGAGGAAAUGUGUAAAACUGAGUAUGUAGGGGAUUAUGAUAUGUCAUUAGACUUUAAAAUGCAAAGCCAUGAAAGGGGAAAAAUGAAUGAAGAUGUGAAACCCAAGGAGAAUACCAGUGAGGAGAUACUUUACAGGAGAAAAGAACAGGAGCAAAUGUCAUCUGCAACACAUUGUGAAAAAUAUUUUCAGGAAAGAGACGGAUGCUUUUCUUCUUCAUUUGCUCCAGUAUCUCCUCAGCAUAGAACUGAGAAGGAUGAUGAAAUAAAUAUGAAGAGUCUGCAGUGUGGCUCACUUACUGUGGAAGAGCUGACAAGUGACAACAUGGGAACCCAUAACGAAAUCCAAGAUACAACUUCAGUGCCUUCAUAUUCCUGCCAAGUGUGUGGAAAAUGUUUUAAAAACAAAUCUCAUUGCAAGGGACAUGAGAGAAUUCACACUGGGGAGAAGCCCCAUUACUGCUGUGAAUGUGGCAAAUGGUUUUCAAGAAAAGACAUUCUUCAGAGGCAUACAAGAGUUCAUAGUGGAGAGAAGCCAUAUGGCUGUACUGAAUGUGGAAAGCGAUUUUCACACAAGGGCAGUCUAAACAUGCACAUGAGAAUUCACACUGGUGAGAAACCAUAUGACUGCUGUGAAUGUGGGAAGCAUUUCUCACAAAUGAGCCACCUUCAUACACAUUUGCGUGGUCACUAUCAAGAAAAAGCACAUUGCUGUUCUGAAUGUGGCAAACGAUUCUCAAACAAAGGCAGCCUUCAGACACACAUGCGAAUUCACACUGGAGAGAAACCCCAUUACUGCUGUGAAUGUGGCAAAAGGUUUUCAAGAAAAGACAGUCUUCAGAGGCAUACAAGAGUUCAUAGUGGAGAGAAGCCAUAUGGCUGUACUGAAUGUGGAAAGCGAUUUUCACACAAGGGCAGUCUAAACAUGCACAUGAGAAUUCACACUGGUGAGAAACCAUAUGACUGCUGUGAAUGUGGAAAGCAUUUCUCACAAAUAAGCCACCUUCAUACACAUUUGCGUGGUCACUAUCAAGAAAAAGCACAUUGCUGUUCCGAGUGUGGCAAACGAUUCUCAAACAAAGGCAACCUUCAGAUACACAUGCGAAUUCACACUGGAGAGAAGCCGUACAGCUGUUCCGAUUGUGGCAAAUGCUUCUCACAGAUAAGUACUCUUAAGAUGCACACCAAAAUCCACACUGGGGAAAAACCACAUUGUUGCUCAGAAUGUGGCAAACCAUUUACAGACAUGUGCAGCCUUUUGAGACACUUGAGAAUUCAUACUGGGGAGAGGCCACACUGCUGUCUUGUGUGUGGCAAGUGUUUUGUUGACCGAGGUAAUCUACUAAGGCACACGAGAACUCACACUGGAGAAAAACCACAUUGCUGUUCUGAAUGUGGGAAACAAUUCUCCCGAAUAAGUAGUCUCCGGAGUCAUUCAAAAGUCCACUCUGGAGCAAAGCCAAAUUGCUAUUCUGAAUGUGGUAAAAUAUAUGUACAAAGAAGGAAUCCUGAGAGCCAUAAGGCAAAUCACUCUUACCAAGAAAAUAUGAAAACAAACCCCUGUUAAGUUGAAUGUGUAAAAAGAAGAUGCAUCAUACUAAUAUAAAUAUACAGUUUAUGUGCACUGUG